GCUAUUCAUAGCCCACACCACCACCAUUCUCCUCUCAACUUCAGCCAUGGCCGCCGCCGCGACAUCCGCCGCAACCGCCACCGCCACGGCGACCUCUGUUACCCACCUCUCUCCGCUCUCUAAAUCCGUCGACAAACCCUCUUUCGCCUCCUUCAAAACCCUCCACAAAACCCAAUCUUUCACCCUCACCCACAAAAUCCAUUCAAAAACCGCCGCAAAAAACCCAAUCUCCGACGUCAUUGCAUCGCCGGAAUCCUACCCAGAUGAAGAAAACUCCAUCUUUUACGACGACGGCGACGAUAAACCCCGUGAAGAGUGCGGCGUCGUCGGAAUCUACGGCGACCCAGAAGCCUCCCGUCUCUGCUACCUCGCCCUCCACGCCCUCCAACAUCGCGGCCAAGAAGGCGCCGGAAUCGUCGUCGCAACUCCUGACGGCGUUCUCAAAUCCGUCACCGGCGUCGGCCUCGUCUCCGAAGUCUUCAACCAGUCAAAACUCGACCAACUCCCCGGCGAUAACGCCAUCGGCCACGUCCGUUACUCCACCGCCGGCCAAUCCAUGCUAAAAAACGUCCAACCAUUCGUCGCCGGUUACCGAUUUGGUCGCGUGGGUGUCGCCCAUAACGGAAAUCUGGUAAAUUAUCAAUCUUUAAGAGCUCAACUCGAAGAAAAUGGUUCCAUUUUUGGUACGAGUUCUGAUACUGAAGUUGUUUUACAUCUAAUUGCUAUAUCUAAACAAAGACCCUUCUUCUUGAGAAUCGUUGAAGCUUGUGAAAAGCUUAAAGGAGCUUAUUCAAUGGUGUUCUUAACUGAAGAUAAAUUAGUUGCAGUUCGAGACCCAUAUGGGUUUCGGCCAUUGGUGAUGGGAAGAAGAAGCAAUGGCGCCAUUGUUUUCGCUUCUGAAACUUGUGCUCUUGAUCUAAUCGAAGCUACAUACGAAAGAGAAGUGAAUCCUGGUGAAGUUUUGAUCAUUGAUAGCGAUGGUGUUCAAUCUCUGUGUUUGAUGCAACACCCAGAACCGAAAUCUUGUAUCUUUGAACACAUUUACUUUUCAUUACCGAAUUCGGUUGUUUUCGGGAAGUCUGUGUACGAAUCUCGGAGGAUAUUCGGUGAGAUUCUGGCAACCGAGUCCCCGGUGGAUUGUGAUGUGGUGAUCGCUGUUCCGGAUUCUGGUGUAGUGGCAGCGAUUGGGUAUGCGAAUAAAGCCGGUGUUCCCUUUCAACAAGGGUUGAUUCGAUCGCAUUAUGUUGGAAGGACGUUUAUUGAACCCUCGCAGAGAAUUCGUGAUUUUGGAGUUAAGCUUAAGCUUUCGCCCGUUCGUGCGGUUUUGGAAGGGAAGCGUGUGGUGGUGGUUGAUGAUUCGAUCGUUAGAGGAACCACUUCUUCGAAAAUAGUCCGAUUGUUGAAAGAGGCUGGAGCUAAAGAAGUCCAUAUGCGAAUCGCGAGCCCACCGAUCAUCGCGUCGUGUUACUACGGCGUCGAUACGCCGAGCUCCGAGGAGUUGAUAUCGAACAGGAUGAGCGUCGAGGAGAUUCGGGAAUACAUCGGGUCGGAUUCGCUUGCGUUUCUUGAUUUCAAUAGCUUGAAGAAGAUGUUGGCGGCCGAUUCACCCAACUUUUGUUACGCUUGUUUCUCCGGAAAGUAUCCGGUGUUGCCGAGCGGGAUCGUGAAAAGGGUCGGUGAUUUCGUCGACGACGGAUUGAACGGUGACAUCGAUUUGAUCGACGGGGGUUGGCUUCAAGGAUCCAAAGACCAAAAUGGCAAGGAUUUGGACAUAAAUUUUGAACAACAAGAUGGAAAAGUUCCAGUUUAGUUGGAAAGAUUUGAUCUUUUUUUGUGGGUAAGAACUCAAAAGAUUUCUUGAUCUUGAUCUUGAUCUUGAUCUUGUGGUAGAAUUCUAUGUGUUUUUUUAGGUGAAUUUGGGGGGUUUUAUGAAUCUUUAUGGAAUCUUAUGAAUAAUUUUAGUAUUUACAGUUUUAUAUGACAAAUGGUUUUUGAGAUUUGUCUUUUUGAUGUAUGGUUUUUUUCUUAAUUUUUGAAGGAAUAUAUGUUUAUGUCUUUUGGGU